AUGAAAGUCCUCUCAAACAUCGGGACGCUCCUGGCCCUCUGGCCCGUCCAGCAAGCAUCUGGAGCAUACUACAACCCCGUCAAGCUCGAGGGAUAUGGCAGCUUCUCCGGCACCACGAUCAACAGCACCUUCACCAAGCAGGAACUGCCAGCGCCGGUAGAUGCUUGGCUCGGUAUCGACUUUGCAACUCAACCAGGUCGCUUUUACGCUGCGGAGUCGCCAGAGAAGUUCAGAGGUGUCAAGCGUGCUGAUGCCUACGGAAAGACCUGUAUUCAAGAGGUUACAGCCAAGACCCCAAUUGCCUCACAAAGUGAAGACUGCCUCAACUUCAACGUGUUUCGAACAAAGGGUGUACCCUUGAGCAAGAAACUCCCAGUUCUGGUUUGGAUCCACGGCGGUGCAUUUUAUGCUGGAAGUUGGGCUAGUUUUGACGGCGCUGCGUUCGCUGCUUCGUCAAAGGUCCCCAUCGUCGUCGUCAAUUUCCACUACCGCGUCAAUUCGCUGGGCUUCCUCCCGUCCAAGCUCAUCCAAGACGAGGGUCUGUCAAACCUGGGUAUCCGAGACCAGCGUUUCUUCUUGGAGUUUGUGCAAAAGCACAUUGGCGCUUUUGGAGGUGAUAAAAAUGCCGUCACGAUCGGUGGCCGCUCUGCUGGUGGCCACUCAGUAGGCAUUCACUAUUUCCACAACUAUGGUAAGGACAAGAAGCCGUUGUUUGCGAGAGCGAUUCAUCAAUCUGGAUCAGUCACUUCGCGAGCCUUCCCUAACGUGACUUAUCCUUUAUAUAAGCGCCAGUACGACGAGUAUAUCACAUACCUUGGUUGCGAUGAGGAAAAGUCGGAUAAAGCUACCCUCAAAUGUCUCCAGGAGGUGGAUAUCAACAGUGUCAGAAACAUCAGCACUAAACUGUACCACGAUUAUGAUCCGCAAUUAACGUGGCCAUUCCAACCAGUGCAUGGAGGACCUCUGUUUGAGAAACCCGGCUCUCAAUCUGGCUACGACGGAACCUUCUUCCACGUCCCAACCAUCACUUCCAACGUCAACGACGAAGCCAAGUACUACACACCUGGCGAUCUUGAGACAAAUGAAGAGUUCUUGGAUUACCUGCAUAACAUCUCACCUGCCAUGACCAAGAAAGAUCUCAAGGAGUUGAGUGCUUUGUAUCCCGAUCCAGCGAAAUACAAAGAUUCUCCUUUCGCAAACUCACCAAACAGCACGCAAUACAACCGUUUAUCUGCUGCUUGGAGUGACUACGCCUACAUCUGCCCUGGUCAAGAAACCGCAUACCGAGCAUCUAUCGCUGGCGUCCCGACAUGGAAAGUCCGCUUCAACACCAACAACAGCUUCCCCGCGUGGCAGGGUAUUCCCCACACAGCAGACACAGGCUUCACUUGGAAUGAACCAACUACACAGUACCCCGAGAUCAGUCACAUCUACCAUGGUUACUUGUCUAGUUUUGUAACUAGUGGAGAUCCCAACACUCAUAGAUACCCAGGUAGUCCGAAGUGGCCAAAGUACAACGGCAAGGAAAAGAAGCCGCUACAGAUUGUUGUUCAGCCUAAGGACACAAAGGUUGAGAAGGAUGUGAUUCGGAAGGAGGCUUGUCUUUGGUGGAGGGAUCCUGAGAGGGCACCUCGACUGAACAAAUGA